AUGGGCAGACAUGUCAUCGAACAAGGUGCAAUCGAAAUCGCCUACGGCACGGACCAUGCCACGGGCUACUUCCUCAGCGUCGUCGACGCCCGUCUCGCCUGGUCGGAGGACGCUACCGACGCGGUGAACGCCGUCGCGGAGGGCCUUUGCGCCCACGGUGGAGGAAGCUACUUCGAUCUCCACACAGGCCCAGGAGGGUUCGGGCGGAAGGUGGAUGUUGCGACGCUGAUGACCUUCUGGCAACGCUACGGCGUGCCUGCUCAGCAUGUGCAGCUUGCGAAGCUGGGGAACUUCUUUUGA